CUCCGGCUCUCUGUUAGCCGCACAGUUUUAGUGUAGAUACAGUGUUCGGGUUUCACUGGGCCGCAGUGGUCACGUGAUCAUUCAGCCCCGACCCAUCAGCUGCUGCCCUGGCUAUGUUACAUGUAAUAUGAACAGGGAUCAGUCACUUUGAAAUCCUAUACCCAGUGACUACAGGAAUACUUGACCUGUCUGCGGGCAGAUAGGCAGAUAGCACCGGGGACGGAAUAACGCCUCUAUCAGGUUAUUUGCUAAGUUCUGUCAGCAAUACUUCUACCCUCAGACCCCAGUUUACAAGUGAAUUCCUUUCCUGGUUAGAGAGGGCAGUGAAGCUUCAAGCUAUUAUAUUAGCCGUGAUGUUAAAGAGUUAGAGAGUUCCUACCACAAACACGUGCAGUCAGUCCUGCAUAGCCGGCUGCUGUUGAUCCAGUUUGGGAUUGGUAGUUCGUCAGGAUGCCUCUCUGCUGUGCUGCCCCAUGCCUACAUGGUACAUGGUAGUUUGCUGUAUCAGCUAGUCUACCACUAGUCUUUUCCCAGUGAUCACAACAUAACUUAUGUCUAUCUGAGAUGGGUCGCUCUUGUCAUUGUGGAAGCAGACAUCAGGAUAGGUUGAGCUUGUGCCCCAGGCGAAAUGUGAUGUACGUCAAAGUAGGUAGGAGACUUUAUGAACAGAUACAGGACACCGGGGAUGGCAGGGCCCCUAGUGCCAUGCAUGAUGAUACAAGCUUAUGGCAUGGUCAAUGUCCAAAGCAAUGCUCUUGUGCAACAUGGCACGGUGACCUGUUCAUUGAUUGCAGUGACAAGCAACUAACGUCCAUCCCUCAACUGCCACACAAUGUCAAAUACCUGCAUCUCAAUGGUAAUAGGCUAACUCAGAUCACAAUGGCUGAAGGACUCACCCAAUACCCUCUUAUUGAACUGUAUCUACAAGACAACCAGAUAUCACGCAUUAGCAAGAACGGACUGCCACCGACGCUAGAAUCAUUAUCUGUGGAGAACAACCGGCUGACAGGCGUCAAUAAGAAGAUGUUCCGACAGAAAUCAAACCUUCUCGUACUAAAUCUGAAUGGCAACAGGAUUAAGCGCAUCGGAAAGGAAGCCUUCCCGCCAUCCUUGGAACAUCUACAAAUCAAGGAUAAUCGCCUCACUAGAAUCCACACCGGAAUGUUCUCUCAUCUACACAGUCUACGAUCAUUAUACUUGAACAAGAAUUGGAUAAAGCAAGUAAAGGAGAACUCUUUUCCCUCUGAGAUCUCUGUAAUUAAUCUGGGGAACAACCGACUCAGUAAUGUUGGUAACCAAUUCGCAGGCUUACCAAAGCUGAGAGUUUUGAAUCUCUAUAGCAAUCGUAUCCGCAUGCUGUCUCCCCAGGCGUUCACCAAUAUGCCAUCUCUGAAAGAAUUGAGUCUGCUGGACAACAGGUUGAGAGAAAUAGCGGCAUUGCAAUUUGCGACGCUGGCAAGCUUGACAACUCUGAACUUGUUUUCCAACAUGAUCCAAAAGGUUCAUUUCACCGCAUUGCCACCUCGUGGAAAGCUGCAGAGAUUGUAUCUGCAGAAGAAUCCACUGCUCUGCGACUGUCAUCUGGAGUGGCUAGCAAUCAAGCUUCGGCAAGAGCAACUGAAUGCGAAACUGUUCGACCUCUUCUUCCUGGACAGCAGUGUGCCAGAGAAGGACUGGCCGUUCGACUACCCCGAUGAGGACGAUAUCCGCUGUGCUGCACCAGCAGCAAACCGGGGAAGGAAAGUGAUGGAGCAACGUACGGACUUCACAUGUGAUGGCUCCUUCUCAACAACAGCAAUCCGGGAAACAGUUCGCAUCACGACAACAGCAGCAAUAGCUGCGGUAGAUAUCCUGCAGUUACCUGUGAAAGAAAUGACUGAACUACUCACAUCCUCCACACUGGUCACUACAGCACAAGCUGUCGCUGAACUGCCAGAACAUGUAGAUAGCAGUACUGCAGGAUUGCCAAGAACAGCACCUUCUCCCAGCACUGACCAGACAACACCUACUCCCGCCAUGGACCAGACAACGCACCAUGUUCUUCCAGCCACCCAAACACAGGUGCUACGAUCGGCAACAACAACAACACUUCCGCGUUGGCUCAUCCACUUCAAAGCACGGAGAGUGGUAACGAGCCCGCUGCCAACACCAUCCUCUGCACCCUCUGCAGCCAUGCCAGAUCACAGCUUACUCCUCACUACCAUGCUCAGCAUGUUAUCAUCAUUGCUGUAUGUAACCAACUGAGAACGAACUUCUGCAACCAACUGAGACUGACGAACUUCUGCAACCAACUGAGAACCUUCCUCAGAUAUAUCCCUGUGCAGUUGUAACGUUAUAGGAAAGGAAUUUGUCAUCAUCAUCACCAUCUUCUUUUCCUUGUUGAGGUAGUCAAGUUUCUGACUGCAUAUCAUCUGCAAUUGAAACUAGUCAGUAAGUUAUGGCGAUGAUUUAUUGCUGACCUUGAGCUCCCACAUUUGCCCUUCUUCCCAUAGCUGUUGGUAUUCAGCUGACCUUGAGCUCCCACAUUUGCCCUUCUUCCCAUAGCUGUUGGUAUUCAGCUGACCUUGAGCUCCCACAUUUGCCCUUCUUCCCAUAGCUGUUGGUAUACAGCAGCCAGCUUGACUCUUGAGAAUGACCACCAUCAUAUGAUCACGCUUAUAUCUCAUUCCGAUAUCAUAAUGCUACAACUUACAAGUAUACCGUAUUUUCUAGAACCCAGCAGACCAGGAAGCUAUUUUCACAAUAGUCUUA